AUGAAUCGGAAUUUCGACGAAGAGGAAUUAAAUCCAACAACUCGUUUAAAUCGGUCAUCAUCGUCAACCUAUUACACUCACGUAGAAGAAUUGGAGGAUGAUGAAGAAUUAAAAGGAAAUCCAAUUCAAUACAUGACAGCCGGAGCAAUGGCCGGAUUAGUGGAGCAUGCUGUGAUGUAUCCCAUUGAUACGAUCAAAACCUACGUCCAAUCCUCCAAUAAGGGCAUUUUGCAAUCCAUCAGAGCUAUUGGAAGUUUAAAAAAUUAUUAUAGUGGUUUAACCGUGGUUCUUUAUGGAGCCUUACCAUCACAUGCCUUUUAUUUUGCUACUUAUGAAGCAGUGAAGAGAUUAUUUCAAGGAGGACGUGAACAACAUUUUACAAGCAAUGCAAGUGUGAGUGCUAUUGCAGGUAUAGCAGCAACGAUUGGUCACGAUGGUAUUGCAACACCAAUAGAUGUGAUUAAGCAACAUAUGCAACUGAAAGGUCAUAUUCAAAAUUACAAUUUUAUUAAUGCCUCUCGUGAAAUUUAUGCUCUAAGAGGUCUAAGAGGAUUCUUUGUGAGUUUACCUACCACUGUUUUGAUGAAUAUUCCAUACACGAGUGUUCACUUUGUGACCUAUGAAUUUAUGAAAAAGAAGCUAUUCGAACAUGAUGAUCACCAUGAUCAUGACCACCAUGACCAUCACCAUGAUCACGAUGAAGACAAAUGGAAACAUGUCAAACAUUUUACAGCUGGUGGUCUUGCUGGUGCUGCAGGUGGUUUGGUUUCUAAUCCUUUUGAUGUUGUGAAAACUCUUCUUCAAGUUGGACAAGCAUCGAACGUGAGAGAAGCACUCUCCUUGUUAGGUUCAGAACCAGGUGGACUUGUUAGAAAUUUGUUCAGAGGAUCUAUUCCAAGAGUGGUAUUCUUUACGCCCUCAGCAGCAGUUACAUGGACGACCUAUGAGUAUGUGAAAUACAUGUUUAGAUUAUUGAAUAAUGAAAAUCAAGAAAAGAAGUAA